GAUGUCUCUUCAAAGUUCUCUUCAGGAUAUUUGACAAAUCCGUAGACUUCACAUAGUUUUCGAAUCCAUUGACAAAUGUUUUCAAGUUCAUUAGUGCAUAAAUAAACUUCAACAUCCAGUAUAGAAAGACAAGUUUGCAUAAAUAGUAAAUUCUCCGAAUUAUCUAACGAAGGGCAAGUGAUGAUGAUGUGAAGGUUUUUGUACUUGAGCUUGUUGUAUAAUAUUCGAUCCUGUAUCACUAGUUCUCCUGUUGUAUUCGUUUGUUGGCUUCUUUGAAAGUCAAUUAGAAGAAGGCCAUCAGUUGGAGAUAAUAUGAAAUCAACAUCCUUCUCACCCAAUUCAACUUCAAAAAUGUCAAACGAGGUAUCACGAUCUAAUUGUUUAAGAAUAUUGAGAUUCAAUCUGGUUGAGUUGAACGAUGAGUUAAAAACCAACAGAUUUUCACAUCGAUUGUCAUUUUUGAAUAACGAUAAUUUCUUUGAAAUCUUUUCAACAACUGGCUCCAGUACGGAUACCUCUUCAAUUGGUAUAUGACCCUUAGCAUAAGUUGAGUUUGAGAGUAAAAGGUCAACAAUAGGUGGUAAAUUUUUUUUGGAUUGAAUACUUGAUAACUUGUGUCUCUUCUUGGCAAUCAAAUCUUCCAAGUCUUCAUCGAUGCUCCUCUUGGUUGUAGACUGCUCUGUUAGAUCCUGAUGUG